UACGUAGACUGCCGCUUCGGACGGUCUUGACAAGUUGUCGCUGACCUCUGCUUGGAUCCUCAUCUUCCUGACUUCGCUUUCCCGAGCGACCUUUUCUCGAAGAAGAGUCGUCCGGUGCAAUCACAACCCGUGCGAGGUGCCAUAAUCAAGAUGCUGCACAAAUUUAUGGUGUUCGCGGUUUGCGCGGUGGCGGCUGCAUCCGCUACGAGUCCGCCACUACGAGUGUUUACAAUGUGCAUUCCGGAGCUAUACUCGAAAGAGUGCGCGAAGAUGAUGGAAGACUCGGCCAGCAAAGGCUUUCCGAUAGCGUGUAUUUCCGGACGCGAUCGCUACGACUGCAUUGAAAGAGUCGGUAAGAAGGAAGCGGACAUCGUUGCCGUAGAUCCGGAAGACAUGUAUCUCGCCGCAAAAAACAAGCUGACUGAAAAGGCUGGGUACAAAAUCGUUGAACAGGUAAGAACAAAGGAGGAGCCCGAGGCGAUAUAUCGUUACGAGGCGGUAGCAGUGAUACACAAAGAUCUGGACAUUAACAAUGUCCAGGGCCUGAGGGGGCUCAAGUCCUGCCACACCGGAGUGGGUCGCAAUGUCGGUUAUAAAAUCCCUAUCACGAAGCUCACCGCGAUGGGCGUGUUGACCGACAUCAACAACCCGGAAUAUUCCGCUCGCGAGAAUGAGCUUCGCGCUCUAAGCACCCUCUUCGACAAAGGCUGCUUGGUGGGCAGGUGGUCACCCGAUCCCGCGAUCAAUCAGAGACUCAAGGAAACUUACAACAACAUGUGCGCUCUUUGCGAGUCACCGGACGUGUGCGAUUAUCCAGAUAUAUACUCCGGAUACGAGGGUGCAUUGCGUUGUCUUGCUCAUAACGGCGGCGACAUCGCCUGGACGAAAGUCAUCUACGUGAAGCGUUUCUUCGGUCUGCCUGUCGGAGUCACCCCGGCAGUGUCAACGUCCGAAAAUCCAGCUGACUUCCGAUACUUCUGUCCGGAUGGUAGCAAAGUGCCCAUCGACGCCAAUACAAAACCAUGCACUUGGGCAGCACGACCAUGGCAAGGAUACAUGACAAAUGGCAACGACGCCAACAACCUGGACCAUAUUCAAAGAGAAUUGACGCAACUGGGUCAGCUCGGUGAGAAUGAAAAGGCAAAUUGGUGGAAGGAUCUCAUGUUGCUCGACGAGAAGACCCUGGCCGUUGCCGCAUCACCAGUGUCACCGGAAGAGCACUUGAAGAGUGCGAAAUACAUGGACGUGAUUGAAAGGAAUUCUGGAGCGCCAGAGAGGGAUGCUCGCUGGUGCGUCUGGAAUGAAAAUGCGUUGAACAAAUGCCGUAGCCUCGCUAGAGCCGCAUUUUCUAGAGAUGCUAGGCCCAGAUUUGAUUGCCUACUGGAGAAAGAUGAGGCUUCUUGCUUGAAAGCCGUUCGGGAUAACGGAGCGGAUAUAACUGUGAUUGAUGGAGGAUCAGUAAAGCAAGCGAUCGACAAUUACAACGUGAAACCGAUUGUUGCUGAGACUUAUGGUGAAGGAUCAACGAAACUCAGCGAACGACCAGCCCUCGCUGUCCUCAAGAGCGGCUCUUCCAUAAAUGGAUUAGGUGAUCUCAGAGGUAAAAAGUCUUGCCACAGCGGCUACACAGGUGACUUCGCCGGUUAUAUCGCACCAACGCACAUUCUUAAGCAAAAGGGUCUUAUUAUUGGAUCGGAUGAGAUAGAAAGCUAUUUCUCCAAAUCUUGUGUACCCGGAGCACCCGCUGAUUCAAAGCUGUGUCAACUAUGCGUUGGUAACAUCGAAUCCGAUGACGAUCAAGUAAAAGCAGCCACAAAAUGCAGACCGACGAAUGCCGAAUAUUACAAUGGCGGGAAAGGUGCACUCAGAUGUUUGAAAAAAGGUGACGGAGACGUUGCGUUCCUACCUUUGACAGCUCUCCAGCAGCUCGAUGAGAAGGAUAAUGCAGGCAAACGCGAAGAUUAUGUAUUGCUUUGCCCGGAUGGUGGUCAAGCGCCCAUCAACGAAUGGUCGCGUUGCAAUUUGGGAUUGGAACCACCAAGAAUAAUCGUCAGCUCGGCUGGAAAAACUCCGAACGCCUUGGAAGAAUUGAAACAUGGCAUUUUGGCCGCAAGCACCUUAUACUCCAAGAAUCCGGAUCUGCUACGUCUCUUCGGUGCCUGGGACGACAAGCAUAAUGUAUUGUUUAAGGAUGACGUAAAACAGCUGAUGUCCAUCGACAACACGUGGGACAAGUGGGACGCUUGGAAAAAUGUUCAACAGGAGUAUGGAAAUCACUGAAACUUAAGAAUCCAAGAUCGCCUUGGUCGCAAUACUCUCGAUGGAUGUCGUACUAUAUGUGAUACUGCUGAUACUACUAUCGUCACUCAGAAAUUAUAUCGCUUUAGGUUUUAGUGACUUGCGCAAAUACUGCAAGAGGACUGUUAAAUAAAACGAUCGCUGUUAUCUAUCGAUAACCUUGCUUACGUUUAUGCAUUGACAAAUAAUAUUGUCAUGAUAGAGAUUGCCUUAUUGAUUACUAAUUCAUGCAUAGCGAAGCAUGAACUUAACUCGAACCUAUUUGCUUUUAAAUUCUUGAUACAAUAAAAAUAUCUAUUUCUCCGAGCAGGUGUAUAUUAUGAACACAAUAUAUUAUCUUAUAAAAAA